GAAAUGACAGCCGAACAAAAAUUACGGCGUGGAUUUAUGGUUAAAAUUUUGCCAAACUGUUACUCGUUUUAAUAUUACUUGUUAUUUUCCAAUUAAAUUGUAGUUUAUUUUAUAUACCAUCGUUGGUAGUCGUACUUAAAAGUUGUAUAUGUUAUGAUAAUGACCGAUAAUUCAAAAGUUUUGAGGCAAAGUUUGUGCAUAUCAUUGUCAUUAGCGCGUAAGUCGAUCUCCCCGGUAUUUAGUGUGUUAUAGCAGAGGCAGAACGUAAUUAAUGAAAUGCUGCCCAUAGUGCUAGCUAACGGAUCUAAAGAACAUUAUAUUUGAUCGUGCUUGUAAUUAAUAAUAUUGAAACUUAGUUGCAACAUGUAUCCAACUCCGUCUCGGCAUCCAGCCGCCGCAGUAAGGGGGCCUCAACCAACGGCGGGAUCUAUAAAAUUUACGAUAGCAGAUUCUUUAGAGCGUAUUAAAGAGGAAUUUAAUUUUUUACAAGCCCAAUAUCAUUCAUUAAAAAUAGAAUGUGACAAAUUAGUUAAUGAGAAAACAGAAAUGCAGAGGCACUAUGUAAUGUAUUAUGAGAUGUCCUAUGGUCUAAAUGUAGAAAUGCACAAACAGACGGAGAUUGCAAAAAGACUCAGUGCUAUAAUAGGACAAGUUCUGCCAUUCUUGGCACAAGAGCAUCAGCAACAGGUUGCAUCAGCUGUGGAGAGGGCAAAACAAGUUACCAUGUCUGAAUUGAAUGCUAUUAUUGGGCAACAACAUCAGCAGGGCCUUCAACAACUCCUUCAACAGAUACAUGCAUCAGCGGGUCUGUCGCACGGCGUGGCGGGCGCGGGCGGGCUGCUGGGGGCCGGGGGGCUGCUGUUCGCGCCGGGGGCCGGUCCUCCGCCGCCGCCGCACCUGCCCCCGCCACCACAUAAGGUAAAGGUGGAGCUGCCCCCUCCAGCGGACAUCAAGCCGCCGGUGCUGCCUGGUGGACCGGCGCCGCCCCUGCAUCCAGGUCAACCACCCUCUCGGGAGGACGACCGUCUCAUCGCCUCUAGAGUAUUACAACAGAGGCGGUCGGUGUCACCGCACGAGCGGGAACAAAAGUACCGUCCCCGCUCGCCCGUCGAGCCCGAAGCGCUGGACGUGAAGCGCAGAAAAGAGGAGAAGGACAGUGAUGCUGAAAAAAGUGACCAAGAUCUUGUUGUAGAUGUAGCCAACGAGGAGGAAAGAGGAUCUCCAAGUGUUCGCACAGAUGGUGGCGAAAGAACGGAAAACGGACCCAGGCCACCGUCCAGAUCGGGUUCCUCGUCAAGUCGAUCCACACCCAAAAGUUCGAAAGACGAGAAGCCCGGCACGCCAUCUGGUGCGAAGCUAGGCCGCGCGCCCACGCCGACGGGUUCCGCACGGUACGGGUUCCCCUCGUAUCCGUACAGAACGCCCGCGCCCGCCGCCGCCUCCGCGCCAGCUCCAGCGUCCGCGCCCGCUUCCGCUCCGCACGGGUACGACUCGCAUAUGCGUACUAACGGCAUCGCUCCGCCCAAGUCCGCGUACUCGUACCUGCCGGCGGGCGCGGCGGGCGCGGCGGGCGCGGACGGGCCGGCGGGCGGUGGCGGCGGGCCCGGCGUACCGCGCGGCGCGCGCGCGGCGGCGGCGCUGCCGCACGGCGAGGUGGUGUGCGCGGUGGCGCUGGCGGCGGCGGCGCACGCGCGGCACGCGUACACGGGCGGCAAGGGCUGCGUCAAGCUCUGGGACAUCUCCAGCCCCGCCUCGCCCGCCGCCAUGGAGCCGCUCUCGCAGCUCGACUGCCUGCAACGCGACAACUACAUCCGGUCGGUGAAACUGCUGCCGGACGGGCGCACGCUGAUCGUGGGCGGCGAGGCGUCCAACCUGUCCAUCUGGGACCUGGCCUCGCCCACGCCGCGCAUGCGCGCCGAGCUCACCUCCUCCGCGCCCGCCUGCUACGCGCUCGCCAUCAGCCCAGACUCCAAGGUAUGCUUCAGUUGCUGUUCAGACGGCAACAUAGCUGUAUGGGAUCUCCAGAACCAAACAUUAGUUAGGCAAUUUCAAGGUCACACGGACGGCGCAUCGUGUAUAGACAUCAGCCCGGACGGCACGCGGCUGUGGACGGGCGGGCUCGACAACACGGUCCGCUCGUGGGACUUGCGCGAAGGCCGCCAGCUGCACCAGCACGACUUCGCCAGCCAGAUCUUCUCGCUCGGCUACUGCCCCACCGGCUCGUGGCUGGCGGUAGGCAUGGAGAACUCUCACGUAGAAGUUUUGCACGCGGGCAAGCCGGACCGGUACCAGCUGCUGCUGCACGAGUCGUGCGUGCUCUCGCUCAAGUUCGCCGCCAGCGGCAAGUGGUUCGUCUCCACCGGCAAGGACAACCUCCUCAAUGCCUGGCGUACGCCCUACGGCGCCAGCUUGUUUCAGUCAAAAGAGUCAUCAUCGGUGCUCAGUUGUGAUAUAUCGGCGGACGAUAAGUUCAUUGUGACCGGCAGCGGUGAUAAAAAGGCGACAGUUUACGAAGUGCUCUAUUGAACUGAAUUUGCAAUAAAUGUACAGGAGGCCCAGUGAGGCGGGAAUCGUUUUAUACGCACGAGUUGAUUGACUGACGGAAAUUGUAACGUAUUAACGUUUCUCAUGAUUCUCACCGUAGAUAGUUUGUCCGUGCAUUUUUGCAUGAAACAACAUGUUUCAUUUUAAUUAAUGAUAAUUGAAUGAUAACAACUGCUUACCAUCAGGUAGGCCGUAUGCUUGUUUGCCACCUCAGUGGUAUAAAAAAAAACGAUGUUUCUGUUAUUGAUUUACACUAACGGGUAUCAUGGACUGUUAGAUGAAUAAAGAUAAGCAAGGCAAAAAAAUAAAGGCAAUUCGACUCGUCACAGGAGGAAACUUACAAUUUCCAAGUUGAGUCCUUUAUUUUUACUCUAUAUAAAUAUGUCUAUGUAAAAUAUGAUUCCUUAUUUAAUUCACUCAGUGGAUGAAAUUUUAAAGAUCUCUUCUUAGUACUUACUAAGUCUCUUCUUAGUUAAUUUCUGACCACAAUUUCAUGCUUUUAGAUCCACUGGAUUAAAUUUCGUUUUAAUAUCUUACAGUCAGCAAAAACAAUUUUUUUUUUAAUAAGAGAACCGCAUGGUAAAGUAUGAAAGGUACUAGUUUAAGUGUAAAAAUACUUUAAGUAUUUUUAUACACAUAUAAAAUUGAAAAGUAUGUUUUUGUAGAUAUUUAUCUAUAUUUUAUAUUUAUACUUCAAAUGGACAUAUAGGAUAACUCUUAUUAAAUUGUAUUGCAUUAAAAUGUAGAAGAAAAAAAACCUAAAUGAUUUUAAUAUGUAAAUUGACAAAUAUUUGAGUGGAAACGCGGAUCCAACAUCUAACAGCUAAUUAUAAUAAUUUCAUAUACAUAUCAUGUAUUUAUAUAAUAUGUAACAAAUUAAAGGAAGUGAUGUCAUAUUUUAAAAGCACUAUAAUUUAAUGAGUGUUACCAUGUAUAUUAAAAGGAAAUAAUAUAAGGAAGUACAAUAAGGUAUUUCUUUUUUAUACACAUUUACAAUAACAUUCCAAUGAAUUUAAUUAUUUAUUUCAUUUUCAUUGAAUUACGAAAUGUACAAAUUUAAUUGCAUUUUGUAACAAUUGCAAAUUUCGUCAGUCAACCCAAACUCUAUGGUAUAUGUGUAAUUGUAAUGAUAUAGAUCAAUGUUGCAACGUUAAACAUAAUAUUAUUAGUGUUAUUGUAUAUUUUUAUAAUGAAAUCGAAAAGCAUUUUUAUUAUUAUUUUUUGUUUUUAAGUUUCAGUUAUUGUCGGUCCAUUUUAGUAUAUAUAUAUAUAUAUAUAUAUAUAUAUAUAUAUAUAUAUAUAUAUAUAUAUAUAAUUAUAUAAUUAGACUCGGAUCAUAAGCAUAUUAUGAUUGGUCUGCAGACUGAGAUUUUAUUAUAAUUUAUGGGGUCGUUGGACAGUUCGAUUCAUGCCUACAGAAUAAAUAAUCCUAUAAGACAAUUUGUAUAAAUAUCAAUACAUAUCUUCAAAUUUAUGAAAUAUUUUCAGCAAAGAAAUAAUAAUAAUUAUGGGGGACGAAUGAUGAUGUUGUUUUACCUGAUUCUAGAUUAGUGUUAAUUAAAUGAGGCGGUAAAAAGAAUUGUGUCCUAGAAUAUUUUUUUUUAUUCGAUUUUGAUCUUUAGUACAACGGAGUAAGGGGUAAUGUUCAUGAAUUUGGUUUAGUAAUGAAUUAGCCUUCUUAUUUAUAAAAAAUAUCUAACUAAUCUAUUAGCUAUUGAAGUGCUAGUGCGUCUCUUUCUUCGACCGUAAUUUGAAAGAGACGAAUUACUUGAAAAGAGAGGUGUUAUUUUUAUUACGCCACUAAUUUACGUGGAUGCGGAAUUUAACAUGGCGCGUAGAGUUAGACGCAAAUUGAACAAUUCAAACGUAACAAUAUAUGAAAAGCGUCAGUGAAGUUCUAAUAGUACGUAUGUCAAAAGAGUCUACAAGAGAACAAAAAAACUGUUUCAAAUUAAAGUCGGAUGUAUUUGAGGUAUAUAUUAUUAGGAAAAAGUAUUUGAAAUCAAUUUAUUAAAGAAACCGUGGCCGUUUAGGCCAUUUUUAUAAAAAUCUUUCACUAAUAAGAUAUUAGCGUGACUUCUGCACUGCUGUUUAAAAAUUACUUAUAUUUACAUCGUGUUUCAAAGUCAGACAGAAUUGGCUACAUACUCAAAUAGAUGUUUUAUUUACAAUCAACAAACAAAUCGAAAAAAGGGCGGUGGGAGAAGGGGUCUUCAGUGGUUGUAUUUUUUUUUAUGUUUGUCACCUCAGUACUCCGUCAUUUUUAAAAGUAUUUGGUAAAUACGCAUAUAUAAUAGAUGACUUCAAAUGUAAAGUCUUUAAAAAUGUCUGCACCUUAAUUUGUCCAACAAAAAUUGCCUGGGAAGCAUUGUUUGCUAUAAAUUCUUCUAAAAUUUCUUGUUUUUAACUUUUUCUCGCAAAAAAAAAGCGAGACAAUAUACCAACUAUCUUCUUUCAUUUCCUGCCAUAUCAUUCCAGAACUUAGAAAAUAUGUUCUGCUUUUUAUCGUCAGUCAAGCUUGAAUAACCACGAACUUUAGACUUAGUACAAAACGUAGAUUUACUACGUGGUUCCAUAUUUCGUACUGGACAAGGUACUGGAGCACUUAGAAUUUUUCAUUUGCUUCUUAUCUCUUAUCCAACACACUUUUCUCCUUUCAUGUGUUUAAUAAUUUCGCAAUAAAUUUGGCCCAUUUCUUAGAGUUCCUGAAUUCUAUAAAUUAUUAUUGGCACACCACUAAAUAACGUAAAUAUUUAUCUUUUUUUAUGGCAUGCGGUACAGUUUUUAAGGCAUCUCGUCCUCGCUAUUGGAUACAGGUGACAGAAUGCCUAUACAAGAGGGUACAUGGUGGGCGCAGUUUAGACGCAAUAUUUCAGGAGCAUAAGGAAGGUACUACGGCCGGAUACUGCAACAAAUGAGUAUGUGGUCGGCCCCCGAACUGGCGACCUCUGCUGUCUACCGGUCCCCAAUUCGAGGGAGGACCGAUCACCGGCCGAAUUAUUACCUUUACCAUAAGUAAAUCCUACAGACGACUGUAGGUUACGAAUCUAUAUGCUGACUGACUAACUUACGUAAUGUUGACUUGGUAGUUUAUUUACACAAUGUUACUUGUAUUGAAAUAUGCAGCGUCUCUAUUUAGAUAUCUCGUUUCUGAUUUAAUGAAAGAAAGCACCUCAUAUUUAUCCAUUGAAUGGUAUCAAAAUGUCAAAACUGCCAAAAAAUGAGUUACGCAAUGUUAGAACUUCACUGACGAUAUGCGGUCUGGAUUUUGCUUAGGGAUUAUGAGCAAAUUUUUUUUAAUAUAUGCCUAGCUGUCAUAAAUAUUGGUAAGCUGCGAGAUAGCAGCUUUACUUACACGAAUUAGAAUAAAAAGUUAUCAUAAUGUCCACGUCAUAUGUGCGAGCGAAAGAGAUAGAAUGAAUAUUCUCCGAAUUUAGGUAAUUACCAAUAUUUAUGACUUGACUGUACAGUACAGAAGUUGAUAUGCUUUAGCACAAUUGCUUAACAAACUUGCAACAGAUUGGAUAGCAUAAACAUCGGUAACAUAUACCUAUUUAUGAUUUUUUUUUUAUAUUUUAAUAUCCCAUAAUACCAACAUUAGAUUGUCGCUAGAUGGCGAUGUUGAUUUAAUUUUAUUAUUUCUCCAAUAAAAUACGUAUUUGUACUAACUUGCCUUACAUAUAGCAUUGUACUCAAUUCUGAGACGCUGUUCCUCUAAACUUGCCUAUUUUAGUUUGAUAUCAUAGAGAAUUUUUUAUUGUAAGGACUAAUGUUAACUCAUUUCAAAAUAGAUUUAAUUACAUGACAAAUUAAAACUAUUAUAAUUUAAACUUAUAAUGUUCCAUUAAAUAAUUAUUUUGCUAAAUUAUCAAAUUUAUAUAUUUUUAAUCUGCAAAAAAUGCUUUUUUAAUUAUAAAGCACUAUUAUACCUACUUGUACAACAAUCAGUCCAUUACCCUUAAGGUUGUCUUGAAAAGAUUGCUCUCAGCAAUAAGACCGCCUUACUGUACUUAUACAAUUGUAUCGUUAUGUUUGUAAAUUGUCUUGUUUAUUUCCUAUAUUGUAUAAUGCAAAUAAAGUAUACUCAUUCAUUCAAAUUAAAAUAUUGGGUUAAAAGUACGGUAUUGAAGGCUACGACUAUUAAAAAAUCGUCAUGUCAUGUCAAAAACAUUGGGACUCUAUACUUGAUAAGUAACAGAGCCAAGAGAAACGCGUGAGAACCUGAGACAACUCUGGUGCGCACUUCCUAAGCACAAUUGGAGGAAUACUAUCGGCCCCACUCGACUUCUAGAUUUCAAAGGAGAGAAGCGCUCUACGCACUGAACUUUAAUUUUAUUAUCAAACUAGUUUGUUCUAUAUUUACUUCCGAACUACUCGCCAUGUGACUCAAAGUUCCGCUUCUUCUUAAAUAAGUUCUAAAAAUAUAACAAUUUGUACUGAGUUCCUUAACGAAACUACUCGUGUGAGGGUGGCGCCCUCUCUGUCGUAUCAAGUGUUUUUCGUUUUGCACGGAGGCUCCUGACAUGGCUUAGUUCCUUAGUUAUCUGGCAAAGUGAGAGCAUUUUGCAUUUUAACAGUAUUUCUGUUGUGAAAGUGGUUUGUUUUGUUAAAAUAAUUUAUUAGACGAAUUAUCAUUUCUGAUAUUACUACUUUUUUUUUAUUGUGAAAUAUAUAAUUAUCGGUUUUAAAUCUGUGAUGAGGUGUUUUUUUUUUUUCAAAUUCUUGACGAAUUAGUAAAGAAGUUAUUUAUAACUUUACAUAUUAAUCAAGUAUUCUCUGCGCGUAAUAGUAUGGUGCGUGUGAUUUGCAAUGUGAUUAACAAAUAGUAUUUUGACAUUUAUCUAGGAUAACUGUAUUGUGAUUUUUUAUGUCGAAAUCAAUGUAACAAUCAUAGUUUGAUACUUUCUUAUAUUUGAUUCUUUUAUCAUACAUAUAUUUUUAAAUUCAGAAGUUACGUUUUUAAAUAGUUUUUUUUUUCUACAAGUAUCCUGUCACCUACAGCUUACUACAACGUGUAGAGAAUAAAUUAGCAAAAAAGCAGUGGAUUAUAAAACAUUUUAAAAUUGGUAUUGUUCCAAAUAGGAUUGUCAUCCAUCCAGUUCUCAUUUAGAGGGUGUCAUGUAAUGCUUGAUCUAGUGUUUGUACAUAGAUCACAUUUUAACAUUUCAAAAUGUGCCCUAGCUUCUCGGAAUAUUUGUCACAUUUUUUUAUAUGUAUGAUAGCAAGCAGGCUGGACUGUGUGUACGUUAAUCGCUGCUGCGCAAUUUCCAAUGGAAUUGUGCAGCGGUGAUUAUCUGUAUACUGCUUAAUAUAUUGUAUGUGUGUAUGUGUAUGUAAAUUUACUAGCAUUAGUUUUUUAAAAAUGUUGUUUACUAAUAAAUAUUUAAUGGACCAAAAAGUCUGAAAUAAAAAUUAUUAUUAUUAUUAUAUCAACAAUAAAUGUUUUAUCGUAAUUUCGGUCGAAUUGUAAUAAAAGUUUACAGUAUGAUGAUGUAAAAAAUUACACACGUUAUUAAAUGCGGAUGAUAAUCCAAUUUGCAAAUAUUACUGAACCACUUUUUAGUCUAUACACUAUGUUUCUUUUUAUAUCAAUGAUAUUUAAGAAAACAGAAAAGGAAUUUUAAACAAUAUGAAAAUAUGUAAUUUUAUUUUAUAUCAAAAUUGAUAAGAUACUUAAAAAUGUAUCUGCCAUGUAACAUAAUGAAAUAUCUCGAUUUUUGUCUUGGUGAAUGUUCCAUAAUUAUUGUAAUUGAAAAGAUGAAUUUUGUUUUUGAUUUUUAAACCUAAUCAUGUAAAUUGUAACAACAAAAUUUUCAAACUUUUAAUAUCAUACAAAUGUUUUGUCUUUAUUCCUUUAUAAUUAUGUAUACUGACCUCUCUAUUCAUAAAAACUUCAAGUCUCUCAUAAACUUUAGCUAUUGACUUGUAUUGUCUCUUUCUUUUGUGCUAAAUUCUUAAUUUGAAUAAAAGUGACAAAACAGUGUAGUAGUUUAAAUAAGUUGCUAGGUUUUAAUUUUUAUGAAUAAAGGGGUUAAGGUUUACUUUCAAUUUUUAAAAUCAAACCGUAUGAGACAAGAGCUCAACCGACUAAAGCGCAGCUCUUAAAUAGGAAUUAUUGAAUGAUAAAUUUUUAUUUAAGUCUAUCUUCCAUUAAAACCAAUUUCUGGAAGAGACAAAAUAUAAUUCACUUGUAUAAAUUAUACAAGUAUAACAAUAUUGUUUAUACAUCUUCUAUUCUAUUAAAAAAAAAAAAACCUUUUGAUAAAAUGUAAACAUCAAAACUACUUUGUACUUAAAUGCAAUUCAAUGAAUCUUAAGUUUAUCUCGUAUGCGUUAUGAUCUACAAAUGUGAUAUUAAAUCUCCAUAUGUAAUGUAUUCUUGCGCAACGGAUUUGACUGUAGGCAAUUAACUGUUUUCCUGCAAAAUGAAAUUGUAUUACUUUUAAUUAUAUUUAUUAUUUCUAUA